AUGGGCGUAACGGAUAAAGCAGCAUUGUUCCUUAUUGGUGUAGACGGCAAAAUAAUACCAGAAUACGUCGAACGCUCCGUGACUCGUCAAUCAGUCCACUCUAUCACCACAUAUGUCGGUAGUCAACCUUUGGGUAAACGCUUCAAGAUCGUUGCCAAAAAUAUUGGAUGUCGUCCUACAUUCCGCAACCUUUUCAACGUCGUGAACAGUGAUACAAAGGAAAAAGUUGUCAGAAAUCUUUGCUUCCUCAUCUACGUUGAUGAAGAACUGGUUUACGCCCGUAUCAUCAGUCGAAUCGGCGAAGGACGUGAGAUUGAGGGAUAUCGGAAAGGUAACGGGCAGAUCGACCCGUUUGAAUUUGGCACGGGCAAAGGCGCCAGGAUUGUAAACGAAGGGGAUAGCAAGGAGCGUAGUGGAAGCAUCCGGAUGGAGGUGUGGAAUGCGGAAGUCCUCAAAAAGUUAACUGGAUAUGUCCCGAUCUGGCCUGGGGAGGAGAAUGAGCAGCAACACUCUGAGGAAUCCGACAGGAUUGUCAUCGGCCAUGCUGCGGACAUUACUGCACAGGAAGGCAGUGCGGAUCCUGAGACUACAUUAAAUCUUUCUCCCAAUGCUGUCAGUGCGGUCAUCUGCCGUCGAGUGGGCGCAGCACCCAUCGUCACUCAUACCAUUAUAUAUGGAAAGGUGGAAGAUAAUGUUGUGCUUGAUCCUCUGAGAGAAGUCCCGUCACCUGAAUUAAUGAAGUUAACGCUCGGUGAUGUUUAA